GGACUUUCCACCACGCUCAUGCGCACUAGUAUAAAACGUAAUAAUCUGGUAGCAGUUCCCGCUGUUGUACUCCGAAUUUCGAGUGAAAACUGUAAAGCAUAAAUCUUUGAGGAGCCGUUAAUUCUGCAGUUAAACCCUUGUAUUGAAUCUUCUCGGAACAUAAUUUGCCAACAAUGAAGCCCGAAUCAGCAACUAACCACAUGGAACACGUAACUGAGCCCGAUGACUGUCCUUUGUGCAUGGAACCAUUGGAGAUUGAUGAUAUAAACUUCUACCCCUGUACCUGUGGUUACCAGAUAUGUCGAUUCUGCUGGCAUCGUAUUCGUACAGAUGAGAAUGGUCUAUGUCCAGCCUGUAGAAAAGCAUAUCCUGAGUGUCCAGCAGACUUCAAACCACUCACAGAGGAAGAGUUACAACGGAUAAAGAACGAGAAACGUCAAAAAGAUCACCAGAGAAAACAAAAGAUCACAGACAGUCGUAAGCACUUAGCCAGCGUCAGAGUGGUUCAGAAAAACCUGGUAUUUGUUGUAGGUCUUUCACAACGACUUGCAGACACAGAGGUUUUGAAGAAGUCGGAGUACUUUGGAAAGUUUGGGAAGAUUGUCAAAGUGGUUAUAAACCAGAACACAUCGUAUGCAGGAUCACAGGGGCCUAGUGCAAGUGCCUACGUAACGUAUAAUAAGUACGAGGAUGCCCUGAGAGCAAUACAAGCAGUUAAUAACGUCCACGUCGAUGGGAGAACCUUGAAGGCGUCGUUAGGAACAACGAAAUACUGCAGUCACUUCUUAAAGAACUCACAGUGCCCGAAACCAGAUUGUAUGUACCUCCAUGAAUUAGGAGACUUGGCAGCAAGCUUCACUAAAGAAGACAUGCAGGCAGGGAAGCAUCAAGAGUAUGAACAAAAACUGGCGCACGAUGUUCUGGGUGGCGGUAACGGAACAACACCCCAACCAAUACAUGUAACAACAACCACAGCAGCAGCAGCAGCAGUACCAGUAGUUGUACAGCAGCCUCCUCCCCCGCAGCAGUCAGAACCGCAGCCUUUAUUACCACAGCAACCACUGGCACAACCACAACAACAACAACAACAAGCCAAACAGAAAGGCAGUAAUUCAAAUAAUGAGCACAGCAGCAAAAAGCAUUCGAAAAACUCAUCAAGAAAAAAGCCUUCCACAUCCCCAGUCAGUCAGUCACCCCCGACAAAUCACACAGAUCCAUGGCCGGCGCUAGCCGUCCCGUCAUCAAAGUCUAACGAGUUACACACGCCGCCUAGCGAGGGCUCACCUCCCGUCGCGCUGACCAAUCACAUGUCGGAUGGUCUGAGUGAAUCACCACCUACAUCCGUAGCGAACACAAAGAAGAAAUCAUCAAGAUAUAAGACAGAAGGCAUCCCUAUCCCCAAUUCUGUGCAAUCACCACCAACCCCUGUCGACCAGUCUCCACAGCCUGUGCAGAGAUCUCCGUUUGAGACGACACCGGAGGACCCUGGUGUCCCUUCUUUCUUUCCUUCAGUAAACGGAUUCAUGUCUCAGAGUAUCUUACCGAGUCUUCUUCCUCCGGUGCAUCCACACUUACAAGGAGCUGUCAAUGGUAAUGGGUUUCCAGGUGGUAGUACAGUACCUCCUCUAAUCCCUCCUCAUCACGGCUCUACACCCUCUGGAGACUGGAGUAAUGGUUUAAUAAUGAACAAUGACGUAAUGCCGGUAGCUAGUCACACAGAUUGGCAAGCAGCGUUUGGGUUCACAUCGUCAGAGACUGCCAAAGAUCUGCUCAAUGAAGACGACCUAGGAUUUGAUCCGUGGAAUGAAUCCAACAAAGGACUAGCGGAUUUACUGGAGAAGGAACUACAGCUAGGUAUUGCCAUGACGACUGAUCGGAGUAAACCAACGCAACCACCCCCUGGCUUCACAUCCCCAGCAAACCACAGCUUAGGUUUUGAAUCAACGGGCGGGAGCAAAAUGCUGAACUGGCUUCAGAUGGACAGAACAACGGAGUCAAGACCCCAGAAUAGCGUCAGCCCUCCAUCCUUCAAUAAUACCAAUUCAAGAUACAACCAUUCACCCGCUCAGCACCAAUUACUUCUUGAAGACGGCAGACAACCCGAAUCAUUGAAGAAUUGGCAAGAUGGAUUGAGAGCUCUCCUACCCAACAUCAACAUCAGCUUUGGUGCUUCCGACACUCCUCCCAUCCUCACACAGUCAGCAACGUUAACAACACAAAAUAACUCGGAUGUUUGGUCGGACACUUCUCGUCAGGCGUGGAUGGUUCAUGACCCAGCAAUAAUAAGCGUCAACUCACAUAAUUCACACGCACCUGGCUUCACAGAAAAAGACGGCAUGACAGAAGAGCAACCCCAUUGGUUAAAAUCAUUACAGACCCUGACAGAUGGUGACACGCCCACACAUCCAUCAGCCAAUCAUUUGUUUCCUACUAAUGCAUAUGCAAACAGAGGUCCAGCGUGGACAACACAUCCCCCUCCCCCCGGCCUCAGACCCCCCACACAGACUCCCGAUACACACACCCACACAUUAACAGAAAAUCACGCAGUCUAGAUGACAAAGUCCAAGCCCUAAUGCUUCAAUGUCUUCAUUCUAAGGGUGUCCACCUAACAUGGAGUAAUCAUCCAUCUUGAUGAACAAGGCUGUAUUUCUCUCACUCUAUUUAUCGUAAGUUCAGAGGAUUUUAAAUAAGCAGAAGUUUGUUACCCUGGCCCAAUUUUAUAGAGCUGCUUAGCGGCCAAUUUUGUGAUUACUGAGCAAGUUUCCAUUUCAUAAGUAAGCACCUGAAAAGGCAUGCUAGCCUUCCGGCGCUGGCUGUAUAAAAAUGAAUGAUGUUACAAUGCACGUCUUUGGUGAAUGCGCAAUAAAAUAUUUUCACUAAAAUUUUGAUUGAAAAAUUGGCCAAGCAAAGGGGUCAAUGGCAUAAAUCUCUUUGCUUGAGGGUUAAUUUGUGUGCUUAUGUACCCGUGUUUUGCUUAGACAACUAAGGAAAAUAUAGUACUAGGUGUUUGCACAUUCACAAUGAAUUUGCAAGCUAGCUUGCCGUUUACUUAAGCCGUAUCCGAAUUGGCGGCUACAGCUACGGCUACGACUGUAGCUAAAGGGAGUUGCUACUAAAACCUGAUGUUGUGUAGGCCUUAGCGUUGAGUGUGACUAGUGUCGUAGUCGCAAGUAUUGGGUCAUUAGUCGAGUCACGACUACCGUUUUUCAACUACUCGGUUAAUCAUGCUGGUUUGACUACUACAAAAAUAGUCCUGACUACUCCAAAAGUAGUCGCAACUACCUGUUUGGUGAACAAAUUGUGUCGCUCACCACUAGUCAUGACAACAUAAUUUACUUACAAAACACAAUCAGACAUCAGUGACACAAUCCUUCAAACCAUUCAGCUUGAACUUUACUACAUUGCGCUUGCGUCACACAUUGCUACAAUGCAUCUUGAGAAUUAAAAAUUAUUUGCGCCUAGUUACGUUGUAUGACUAUUUGAGGUGCGACUAAGUACAUUUCACUAGUUGUUCAGGCCUAAUGAAGUGGAAAUGUAGCCAUAGCCAAGUCAGACACAGUCUUUACUUCUGAUUAGCGUUGAAACUGGCGCCGGGAACUUUAAUUACAUGAACUAAACUAGACCGCUCGGCCAUUGCAAAAACAUCAGCUUAAAGGCUUCAUAAAAUUAGUCGAUGUCCUGCCGUCAUUUCCGACUCGGGCUUUGGGUUUUAUUUAGGUUUCAGACUUCUGCUUAAAGGCUUGUUUAUAGUCAGUCACGCGAUGGUCGCGCAAUGGUAAUCUUGACGGGCGACACAGUUACUUGUCAUCGCUGAGGCCUGAAAACUGUGUCUUUUUAUGAUCGCAUGUCAAGACUUCCAUCGCCCGACCAUCGCGCGACCGACUUUAAACCAGCCUUUAGUUUAGGAAAAGACCAGCCACACUUAUUGUUUUUUCCAAGAUAGCGCAGGUUUAAAUAUUUUACAGCCAUCUUUAUGGUGUUGAUAUAAGGACCAUAAAUAAUGCAUGCUGUAAUUUUAGUUAAUCGUCCCCCAAAACAUGUUUACUUCGGGAACUAUUUUUUACGCAGUAACUUGGAUUGUUGAUAUCAAUGUCAAAAUAUUUACCCAUCAUUGUGAAUUCCUUUUUAAAUUAUUUAAUAUACCAUUCUUUAAAAAAAAGAAAUUUCAGUGAAAGAUUUGUUUUCCGCGUAGAAGUAUUUCAUAGAAAUGAAAUACUUUAUUCUCUAAUUUACUUACCUUAAAAUCAAAUUGAAAAAUUUGGCCCUACCUUUACCGAACAUGUUUUUGCGAACUUUUCAAACAAUUUAAACUGAAGUAUUACCAACGUUUUUUUUCUUCGGUGUGUGUAAAUUAGUCUUCGAAAUCUACCAAAUAUUGUUUAAAAACAACUGCGUGUAUUUAAUCACAUCAUAUUGCAGACCCCUUCCGAUACAGUCUUAUAACAAUUUAACACCAACAAUUUAUAUUCCAUAAGUUUUCUUGUAAAGAAUUGGCGUAGAAACGGUCGUGAACCCGUCGAGCGUAAAUAACUGCUAAGCAGUGAGUUUGCAGGGCACCAGUCUAAGCAAUGGAACUAACAUGCCAAUUUGGCUGGUGACCUUUUUCAUCUUAGCAAUAUAUAUCUAUGCUAAGCAGAUGUUUUGCACUCAGCUGUAGUCAGCUUGGAGUUUUAAAAUCUUAGUUUUAUUAUUUAUCAAAAGAAUCGUCAUGAAAAUGUGACCUCUUAAAGAUGCUGGACGAAAUCAUUGACAUUGUUUCGGAUAAAAGAAUCAAUGUCUUUUAUUUAUUAAUUGGAUUUAACAAGCAUUACUCAAUAAUUUUUAAAAAUUAUAAUCUAAACUUACAAAAUUUGUUGUGCUUGAAUUCGCAGCAUUUUCGUUCACGUGAGGGCAUAUCUAAACCAAAUUUAAUAAUGACAUUGGCCGUUUAUAAUGUCUAAAAGACACUCCUGGCGCCGGAGAGCUGCAGAAGCAAUUGGGCCUACAGAGGACAUUUAAACACAAAAAUAGAUUUUCAAAUGAGUUUUGAAGCUGGAUGCAAAACAAGUAAUACAAAUUGGUAUUUGUAUUGCCAUAUAGUCAAUCAAAAUAAGAUAAAACUUAUUGCGAUGGAGGAAUCUAAGAUGUGUAAGGUGCCCGAAGCAAAAUUUGACCAUUUUGGUGAAGGGUGUUUCUCAAUUUAUCAGCAAAAAAUUUCCAUCAAGCAAAUUUAAGCUUUUUUUUUCGAGUUGGAGUGAAAACGGUCUUCCAAAUAGUUUACUAAGAGCUCCUAACUUAAUAUUUAAAAAAGAAUAGUUGUCAUCUCUUGACAAGAUUGUCAGAUAUUCCUUGAAAGUAAGUCGGGACUUUAAGAAAUUUAUUACUCAUACCCAGGAAUAACUUAAAAUAAUAACCUUUAUGUGGCUGGUCAUUUUGUUUUUGAAAAUCCUCUGAAUUUCAUGUCUUUUUUCUGCUUAGGGUAACUGUAAUAAUUGUCUAUUCAAGCCUAGUUCCCAUUGAUUUUGGUUGUAAGCAAAGAACAAGGACAGAGAUCUGCUAAGCAGUUGGCUGAUUGGAUAGUGCAGGGUUCAAUUCUAAUUCUCUGCUUAAAAGGAGAAAAUGGUACUGAGCAGUUAGCAGUUUUGAUAGUGCAUGUCCUAAUGGAACGCUAGGUGGCAGCAGACUUACCAGGUAAAUGUCCAUAGAACUUUUCGCAAAUACAAAUGCGCAAGCG